AUGUCGAGACGUUCGAAUAAGCUAAGCACAAAGCUAAAAGAAGCAAUUCUUACUAGUGAAGAAUCAAAUCCUCGGGUGGUAUCCGAAGGUACACCUGCUGAGGCUUUACCUUUUGCUGAAUUUUCAGAACAAGAUAUAAACUUGCAAAGAUGGGACAAUAUCGAGGAUAAAUUAACAUCCACUGAACAACAAUUAUUCGAAGAUCCUCAUGAAGUUCACUUACCAUCAGGUUUUACUGCGCACCAAUGGAAACGUUGCUCAGAAAUUUAUCCUAAUGCAAAUUGUGUUAUAUGUACCCCCAUGAGCACAUAUCCAGACUUGGUAACUCCAAACCAGCACCUUACCGCCGUCAGUGGUUUUUUUAGGAAUUUUGUUUCGAGCAUAGAAUUUUUGUUGUAUGCUGGUUGCAAUAGACCUUCUCCGCAAGAAUACGAACAUAAUGGAUUUUCUACAAAGGGACAAAAUCUAUGGAAGCCAUGGUAUCAUAUCUAUUCAAAUUGUAAAAUUACGAAGGGAGAACAUUUUCCAAUGUAUAACCCCGCAGGAAAAUACGUGGUGCGUCUGUUUUGGAUGGGCACUUGGCGAAAAAUUUACGUAGACGAUCUUGUUCCUGUUGACCCGUUUAAUAUUAUAUUACUCCCAACUCUAGCUGUACCAAGAUUAACAGUCGAGCAUAGCUUAGAGGAUCUUAGCGCUGUAGGCAAGCCAUCAGCCAAAGUCAAAAUAAAAGAAAAUAUUCCCGCCGGAUGCUUGUGGGAUGUAUUUAUGGCCUACGUUAAGCGCUUCGAGUGGGACAAUGGCGCAGCGGGACAAACGAAAAAGUUGGAAAACCCUAAACCUAAAUCAAAAGUUGAAGUUGACACGCCCUUUACAGGGUCUAAAGCGGCUAAUCCCUUAGGAAUGAAGGCUUUGCCAAACAGGGAGCGUUUUGUUGCACUUUCUUGCGUCAAUAAUUUAACACAAGAUGAUGAAAAUUCAACCAAUACAUUUGUUUUUUUAAGCGAAGUCAGAGACAUUCCCUUGAUUAAACCUUCUCCUUCUCCAGAACUAGAAUUUUGGAAAAAGUUCCGAUACGAAAAAUGGGCAGUUGAACAAGGUCUCAUUUCUCCAGAUAUGAAAAAACUUGACAUAAAAUCUCUCAGAAUCGUGAAUCCUUUCGCUGCCAAGAGAAGUACAGCCAUUGAUAACUUUUCGAUUUAUGAUGAUGAAAAAUCGUUAUCGGAAAGUAUCGAGUCGGAAACUCUUGAUAUAUGUGAAGAAAUCUUACUUAAAAAAACGUUUGUAAAAGAAGCGUCAAGUUCAGAACUAUCGGUUCAACAGGAAGAGCGUGCAAAUUUUUCCAGCAAAAAUCAUUCAAUUAAUGUGGUAUUAGAAGAAUAUGAUUGGGAAAGCAAUAGCGUGGGGAUAUUUAUAAAAUCGAUUAAUACUUUGGGAUCAGAAAGUGUAAUUAUGGAGUUGAAACCAGGAAGAUAUUCUUUUAGAAUAUGGCUCACAUCUCAUUGUCCUUACGUUUUGCAAAUAUUUGCUGACAAACCACUCACUAUCGGUUCUCUGGAAGAUUACCUGAUAGCAUGUUCAAAAGAAUCUCUACGAUUAACUAAUUUGUGUCAAGAAUUAUCUAGUAGCUAUGGUAAAUUAGUCCAAUCUUUUGGAACACCAGACCACUCACAAUGCUUAAAAAACUUGUACGGCUGCUACAGACCUCAGCAACCAUUGACCAAAAAGGAACUAGCUAUAACGCACAAGAUAUUCUUUGAAGAAUUUUGCAAAAUUGCCACAAACAGCCAAGAUGUUGUCAAAGCAGUUGAGCUCUUGUUUUUACAAUUAAAAACUUUCGAUUACAUCAAUCCCUAUGUGGACGAGCCGCACUUGGAUCCCCAGAAGUUUGAGUUGUCUGCUCAAAUCGAAUAUGCUGAAAAAAUGCAAAGUGCUGCAGUAAUAAUUCAAGCAUUUUUCAAACAAAUUUAUGUUAGAGCAAUGCUAAGGAAAUUUGAUAAAAGUCAUAAAGAUAAUUCUGCUAUUUUCGGAUACUUAAAAAAAAAUUACGAAGAUAUUUUCUCUGGUGAUAAACAUGUAACAUGUCUAAAUUUAUUUAGAAAAAUCUUCGACCGAUCUGAACUGAUUUCUUUUAGAAAUAAAUUUGAUAUUUUCCAAGAUACAAAAUCCGUUCUGGAUCUUCAAAUAUUUAAUGGCGUCUUAGUCACCCAUGAAUUGACAUGGAUUUCAAUAUGUCGCUAUGACUUUAGUAUAAAUUUUGAUGAACCAAUUCUGCUGAAAAUUACUCUUUUCUCAAAUUUGAAAACUCAAUUUGUCAGGGUGUUUAAUAAUGAUAAUAAAAAUGAGGUAAACCAAUUAUUCGAUAAUGUACUAGUGGAAAAAUAUUCUCCUAAUAAUAAUGGCUAUACUGUUGUGGCCUAUGGAUUUCCUCCUGAUGGUAUGAAUGUUGAUAAAAUAAAUUGGCAGUUAGUUUUUGCAACUAAAAAAAUAUACCGAGAAGAUGUAUUGAUAACAAACACAACAUUGACAACGCUAUCUUUGAGAGAUCAAUAUAUACCGAAUUUUAACAAUAUUAUAUGUCGUUAUAAUGUAAAAGUUGGAACCGAUGCUUAUUUAACAGCAAACUUGACUACAUCUCGUAGUGAUGUGAAAAUCUGCUUGAGAAUAUUGGACAAAAAUGAAAAAAAGAUUCGCGAAUUAUGUGGAAUAAAAAAUGUGGUAUUUCCCCUAGUGGAACUGAAAUUUUCGGAACCACAGCCAAAUGAAGGUGUUCGAGAACUCGUGGAUAAUUCUAAAAUAUCUUCUGGUGAUGCCGAUACUGGGAAGGCCUCCAAACGUCUAAAAAAAAAUCGAUCCAGUGACAGUGUAGAUGAUAUCAAUGCGACUAAGCAUGAUUCAGAACUGAAACUUUCUGCUAGAAAAAGUCACAUGAAGGCGGCUUCAAAAGCAUCUUUAUUGGGGAGAUCAAGCAAAAAUUCCAGCAAAGCUUCUCAUAAUACGAUCAGAGAAUUUGCUCAUACGCUUUAUAUCUUGGAGGCUAGAGUGGUUGACGACAGUUGGCCACUUACAGCAGACGAAUGGAAUCGUGUUCAAAAUGCGAGAGUGAAAAAUUAUGUAAAUUAUGUUGCUGGUCGCUCUCAAAAAAAGCUCAAGAAAUCAUUAUCUCUCACUAUAGAAGAACCAUACUGGAAAUUAGAUUUAGUAUACCCAGCGAGUAGUGUAAUAGAAUUUAAACAAGACGUAACUGAAAAAGAACAGAGAAAGGCUAUGAAAAUGGAAUGGUUCGAGGAUCCGGAGAGAUACACACGGGGUACUGAUUUGAGGGACGCUUACUUGCAAGAUCACCUAGAACAUAAAAGUGCACCAUCGAUCGAUAAAUGUCUUCGGAGUAAUAACAAAGAGGAUUUUGCUUUACAAGUAAUCAGAGAUGAGCCUCUCGACGAUUACAUGACGAAACCAUUAAAAGAAGUUGAUUUAGAUUUUUGCAAAACUAAAAAUGAAGAUGAUUAUGUAAUUGAUGAAGCAAACCGUGAGCGUCAAUUCAAGGAGUACCAACUUGAAAAACAGGCGACACAAGAUGAUAUCGAGGGAAUGUUGCAGGGACAAAUGGAAAACUUUGAGGUGCUCUCAAAAUGGUUUAAAGAAAUCAGAAACGAUUCAGAGAGGGCACUAGAAAUGAACAGGAAUGUCUUAAUAGAAAAAUGUACAGAUGUUUCGCGCAAAGUACUUAAAGGUAGCAAGAAAGGUAGAGAGGAGAAGAAAAAGUAG